GCGCAUGAGACCACGUGAAACGCAGCACUCAAACCUAACCCAACCCAAAAAACCCAAUUCCGCCUAGCCACUGUUCUCUCGUUUCCUCGUUGUUUUGUCGGCCUCUCUGUUCUUGCAGAGCUGAUCGCUUCCUCUUUCAUCAAUGGCCGAAGCUUCUGAGAAAUCCCCUACUCUAGCCGAGCAAUAUUUUGUGAAGGAGAAACAGGAGAAAACAGAAAUAGAUGCAAAUCCUGUGGAAGUCAAAGAAGUUGAAAACCCAGAGGAGGCUGCUUCUGUUGAGAAAACUGUGGAAGAAACCCCCCCAGUUGCUGAGGAAAGCAGUGAAGUCAUCCCUUCUGCUGAACAAACCACAAUUCCCACAACUGAUGCUUCUGAAGUGAACAAUGAUGCAACGAACAAUGAUGUAAUGACAGAGGAAAGUAGUGGGAAUACUGAAGAAGAAAACGGUGGUGAUCAAGAGGCAGCAAAAGAGACACCGGAAAUUAAGCUUGAGACUGCUCCAGCAGAUUUUCGCUUUCCAACCACAAACCAAACAAGGCAUUGCUUUACCCGAUAUGUUGAAUAUCAUCGAUGCAUAGCUGCAAAGGGAGAAGGUGCCCCAGAAUGUGAAAAGUUUGCAAAAUAUUAUCGUUCUCUGUGCCCUGGUGAAUGGAUUGACAGAUGGAAUGAACAAAGGGAGAACGGAACAUUCCCAGGACCGCUUUAGGUGGCACUUGUCGGAAACCGUCGACCAAUUGAAUUGCUCAAGUCACAUUUAAAAUUGCUAUUCCGCUCCACACAUAAAAUUAUGCGGAGAGAUAAACUCUCAACCCUUUGGGGGGUGUUCAGUGUUACACAUUAAGUUAAUAAAAUCUGUUGGCUGUCUUUGAACUGUUUGAAUACGGAUGCUUCCAUUGCUUAUGACGGGUUGUUUCCUGACAUAUUGGUUCUGUUGAAUGAAGCCUAUCCCAAUUGUAUUCUUUA